AGGAAGCAGUGCAUUGAUUCGCUUCUGGUCCUCUGUGUGGAGCAUUCUCAUGGUGUUGGAGGAUCCUGAGCUGAGGUAACGCAAGGCCCCCUGAGACAAAGUCAUGGCAACAAGGAAGAAGCGACCGAGGAGAUUCCUGGCAUGCUGUGUCACCUUCCUUCUGCUUUCUGGAGGAGCCCUCGGAUGUAGCAACCUAAUGGUGGACUCAUCCAUUGUUCACUGGGGAGCAACAGUUACUGCUAAUUGCACCAUCUGGAGGAACCACUGCCCUUUUCUCAAGGAUGGAAAAAUCCAGAUGAUGUGGAAACUGGAUGGCCAACUUCUCCAUGGUGUCCAGGACAGUCUUGGCGAUGAGGUUGAAUUUUCCAGCAUCACCAUUGGGCCCCUCAACAGGACUGUGGUCAGUCUGAGCUGCUGGGUGUUGAAGGAGACACUGCACCUCUUGAACCUGAAACAGAUCCACGCUGGGUAUCCUCCAUCACAGCCCCAAAACCUCACCUGCAUCACAAAUGACACCACUAGGAGCCUAAAAUGCCAGUGGGACCCAGGAGAGGACAGCCUCCUCCAAGUCCAUACUACUCUGAAGGGCUUCAGGAGUCAAAGUGGGUGUGCUCUCCUCCUGGAUCCCAUCCCAGACUGUAUCCCAGAGGUGGACCAGAAUUCUUGCACCAUUCCUCGCCAAAACCUCCAGUUGUAUCAAACGAUGGCUUUCCGGGUGAUGGUACGCAACGGCCUGGGAGUUGCACAAUCAGAGCUCCUUUGCGCAGAUCCAAUGGACUUAGUCAAGCUGGACCCCCCAGCUGUCCAGUCCAUCCAGUCCAUCCCCGAGGAGACCCACUGUGUGUCUGUGGCCUGGGAGGAAGCCAAAGACAGCAAGUACAUGAAGCAGUCGUGUGACCUGCGCUACCGCACGGAGGGUGACCAGGAAUGGACGCUGGUGCAGAAUAUCACCAGCUCCACCAGGCAAGUCCAGCACUGUGGCUUCCUCUUUGGCAUCUCCUAUCGAUUCCAGAUGCGCUGCCAGAAAUUUGAGGGCAGAUACAUGAGCGACUGGAGUCCUACAAAGACCUUCACCACCCAUGAGGACAGCCGCCAUGUACCUUCAGGGGAGCUUGAUGCCUGGUGGAAGAUGAAGCCUGCGGAAGCUGGACAGGGAACACAGGUGCAACUGCUGUGGAAGCCUAUGAAACCAAAGGAGACCAAGGGCAAAAUUCUGGGUUAUUGGGUCACCCUCAGUCCCAGGCAGCACAAUGGACAGCUGUCAACCAUCUGUAACACCACAGAGUUGCACUGCAAUUUCUCCCUGCCGUCUGGAGCACAGAGAAUUUAUCUCAUGGCUUACAAUGCAAGAGGCACAUCUCCCCCUACUGAGGUCUCACUUCAGAAGAAAGGUGUUCCUGUGCCCAGGAUCCGUGCCUCUCCUCUUGGGGAAAACAGCAUCCUUGUGAGCUGGGAUCCUCCGGGAAAACCAACCAGUGGCUACAUCAUUGAGUGGCAGCGGAUGACCUCUGUGGACCCCUCGUAUGAUGCUGAGAUUAGCUGGACAAAACUGCAGAACGGAGAGGAGAAACAAAUCCUGAUCCAAGAAAACAUUGAGCCUUACCAGCGAUACAAUAUUUCCGUCUACUCCCUCUACAACGAUGGAGUGGGGAUGGCCCAGCAUACAGAAGUGUACACCAGGCAAAAAGCUCCUUCUGACAGUCCCAAACUUUACCCAGGCAGCAUCGGCAAGACAACAGCCCAGCUUCACUGGAAGCCCAUCCCUCUGGAACUGCGCAAUGGCUUCAUCACCAACUACACCAUCUUCUGGAUCUGCCUCAAUGAUGACAUGAGCAGUGCCGUUGUGAACUCCUCUGUGAACACACUCACCAUCACAGGUCUCAGGCCUUUGAUGAUGUACAAAGUGCACAUCAUGGCCUCCACCAUGGGUGGAAGCACCAAUGGAACCAUCCUGAUGCUCUACACCAAAGGAACAGAUGACAUGGACAUUUCAUUUGCGUAUCUACUUAUCGUUCUGCUCUUGGUCAUGCUGAUCAUCCUCGUCAUCUGUUUCCACAAGAGCAAAAAGAUGAAGCUGCAGUUCUGGCCCACCGUCCCCGAUCCAGCCAACAGCAGUCUCGGCAAAUGGGCUCCGGCAGUGCUGCAAGAGGAGUUCUUCCCGGUUAACAAGUCAGGAGAACUUAGUCCCAUCAUUACUGCCAUCUUAAUGCUUGAAAAGGAUAAGAAGAAAGGCUUCUCCUGUGAGAAGAGUGAGUCACCAAAGCCCCUGCUUGAUGGUCCAUGGUCAGAGCCUUCGAAUGCUGGUGCUCCUGUGCCAACUAGCAGCCCCAAGCCAGCAUCUCACGUAAACCGCUCAGAGUCCGUCCAGUAUGCCAAGGUGCUCAUGGACAGCUACCAUAGCCAGCAGGAAGCACCGUCCUCUCUCUACUUGCGCUCCAACUCUACACAGCCACUUCUGGGUGACUUGAUGCCCAGCCCAGAGCCCUACGAGAACCUGUGGUUUCAUGGCAGCCAGCCAGCUGGGGCACAUAGUUGCAGUUUCCAAGAGGAAGCCAUCUUCCUGGAGGGGGCCCUGGUGGAUUUCCCAUUACUACAGGGUGUAAAGAUUGAUGGGGAUGAAGAUCUGAGCAACUUUUGAAGGUUGUAGUAUCUGGCUGGCAUUGGAGGGGUGCAAUGUUGCUCCUGCUUGCAGUUGUAGCCCUCCGUCUCCAUGAGGGAAGUGCUGUCUGAUUACCAUUGUGCCCUCUGCCUUCAUUCUCUGGGGAUCUCAAGCACAUGGAGUUGGUGUUCCCAGGAUGGUACUCUCUGUUCUACCAACAAUCCAGCAGAAUAGACUCACCAGAAGUAGUCAGAUCUUUGAUUCUUCUUGUUCCCUGCAGCUCCUAUCGGAGGCCACCAAACGCGAUGCCAAUGAUGAAUUUUCUCAUGUUGCUCCCUGCCGUUAGGCCCCCAGGCCUUAAGGGGUGGCCCAGAGGCUAUCAAGCCUCAGUGGGUGGUCUUAGAGCUUUCCCGUUUCCUACCCCCCCCCAUCACCUUCAUCAUCAGAGUUCUGCAUUGUCUCUGCUGCUCACCACAUCCCAGGCCCUGUGUGUCCCUAGCAUCAUGCAGAUGCAGAUAUGAAGAAACCUGGGGCACUAGCUGCAACAGGACGUGCACAGAGUCCCAGCAAUGGCUCCCUAGGGAGCAGCUCAGAAAGUUUAUUCUCUUGAAUCACGUUGGGGUUUUCAUGGUUUUUAUUCAGACUGAGGCUCAUCCCCUCUUCUUCCAUUCUUCGUGUUUCAGCCUAACAACAGUUGAGAGCAAUGUUGUGCUAUGCCAAAAGGGCCACAAAAACAGAACUCUAAUAGAGGAGCCCUCUGGCAGGUGCCAGCUGCUUUCCCCAGGACAACUUUACUCUGCAGAUCCACCAGUGCUUAACUGGUUGAAACAGGGACACGCUGAUGUUCCUAGAACACUCCUCUUCUAACACCCUUGUUGCUGUUGUUGCUUCCAUUCUGGGAUCCUCUUGCACUGCUCAUUCAUUCCUCUUCUGCAGUCAUCAGCAAGUAGAAUGAUGGAGCGAUCCUAUGCUGUUAUUCCAGUUCAAGCCCAUGGAAUCCAAUAGAUUUAGUCUAGAGCUGCUCUGCAUAGGAUUGCACUGCUUUUUCUUACAAACAGAUGGAGGCAAAACCUGGCCAUAUGUAUGUAUGUGUGUUCACUGCAACAUGUGAGCAGGGCUACUGUUGUGCGUGUGAGAGAGAGCAGGGCAGAAACGAGAGCUGCUUUGUGCAUUUCUGGGGGAGGCCAACAGAGGCUGUUGGGCAGCAGACCGGCUCCAUGUACCCUGUGUUCAAGAGCUGCCCAGACCAUAGACGGACUGUAAAGAGGAGGAAGUCAAGAAGCGAAGUGGGGGGGGGGGGAAAACCUUCCCUGAUCAGUUCUUGAUUAUUGUUGUGCUGCUCAGCAUCCUGCGGAAUAGGGUUGCCAGGUUCCCCCUAGCCA